GCCCAGCUCGGCGUGCGCUGCGGCCGGGUCGGAUCUGAGACGAGCGACCAUUCCUCCAACUUAUUACCAUCUCGCUCCCCGGUUUCCUCCUCUCCCCCCCGCCGCCGGAUCGGAUCGGAUCGGAUCCGCCGACCACCCCGCGCCGCCGCCGCCGCAGCAGCAGCAGGUGAGCGUCCGUCCGUCUGUGCCCACCCUCCUCCCCGUCUCCCUCGCCGUCGGUCCGCCGCGCUGCUCUGGGGCGCUGCCCCGUAGGGUUUUGUUUUUGUUCCGCCGCGUCUUUCUAGGAGCUGACCGGAGGGUGUUCUCGACCCGCCGUCCCGCGAUUGCUCGCCCGGUUGCUUCCCGGCUCGGAUGGUGGGCUCGGGGUACGCGCCCUGGGCGUUUCGUGCCAUCGGCGCACAAAGAAAGUAACCCGAUGCGUGGAGAGGAGGGUUUGUUGUCGGACCCACCUGCUUGGAACGAUCAGAGAAGAUGGCCGCAGUUGACACCUUCCUCUUCACCUCCGAGUCCGUGAACGAGGGACACCCUGACAAGCUCUGCGAUCAGGUCUCAGAUGCUGUGCUCGAUGCUUGCCUUGCUGAGGACCCCGACAGCAAGGUUGCUUGCGAGACCUGCACCAAGACUAACAUGGUCAUGGUCUUUGGUGAGAUCACCACCAAGGCCAAUGUCAACUACGAGAAGAUUGUCAGGGAGACUUGCCGCAACAUUGGUUUCGUGUCAGCAGAUGUCGGGCUUGAUGCUGACCACUGCAAGGUGCUCGUGAACAUUGAGCAGCAGUCCCCUGAUAUUGCUCAGGGUGUGCAUGGCCACUUCACAAAGCGCCCUGAGGAGAUUGGAGCUGGUGACCAGGGACACAUGUUUGGGUAUGCUACUGAUGAAACCCCUGAGCUGAUGCCCCUCAGCCAUGUCCUUGCCACCAAGCUUGGUGCUCGUCUCACUGAGGUGCGCAAGAACGGGACCUGCCCCUGGCUCAGGCCUGAUGGAAAGACCCAGGUGACUGUUGAGUACCGCAAUGAUGGUGGUGCCAUGGUGCCCAUCCGAGUCCACACUGUCCUCAUCUCUACCCAGCACGACGAGACAGUCACCAACGAUGAGAUUGCCGCUGACCUCAAGGAGCAUGUCAUCAAACCUGUCAUCCCUGAGCAGUACCUUGAUGAGAAGACCAUCUUCCACCUUAACCCAUCUGGUCGCUUUGUCAUCGGUGGACCUCAUGGUGAUGCUGGUCUCACUGGCCGGAAGAUCAUCAUUGAUACCUAUGGUGGCUGGGGAGCCCACGGUGGUGGUGCUUUCUCUGGCAAGGACCCAACCAAGGUUGACCGCAGUGGAGCCUACGUUGCUAGGCAGGCUGCCAAGAGCAUUGUCGCUAACGGCCUUGCUCGCCGCGCCAUCGUCCAGGUCUCCUAUGCCAUUGGUGUGCCUGAGCCGCUCUCCGUGUUUGUUGACACAUACGGCACUGGCGCGAUCCCCGACAAGGAGAUCCUCAAGAUUGUGAAGGAGAACUUCGACUUCAGGCCUGGCAUGAUCAUCAUCAACCUCGACCUCAAGAAAGGUGGCAACGGGCGCUACCUUAAGACAGCAGCCUACGGUCACUUUGGAAGGGAUGACCCUGACUUCACCUGGGAGGUGGUGAAGCCCCUCAAGUGGGAGAAGCCUUCUGCCUAAGGCGCCCUUUUGGAAGAAGCUUUUGGUCUGCCACGCUUAUCAUGUUUUGUGGCUCCUGUGUUGUGAUUCUUGAUCUGCCCCUUGCUGUCAUUUGUAUUGUACUGUCCUAAUAAGUGGUACUUGUGAGGGUAUUACUGUGUCUGGUUAUUUACUUAGAGGAGGAUUUAUUGUCUAAUGUUUCUGGUUUUUCUACAUAUGUAAUGGUGAAUCUACAGGUUACUUUGAGAAGAAAUGGAACCUGCUGCUUUCUGGUUA